CAUGAUCUCUGCGAUUUUCUUCAUCAUCCAACUACUUUAUCAAUUCAAAUUCUCUCUUCCUACUUUUCUUGGUUUAUUUCCUUUUAUAAACAUGAAGUGCAACCCUUGCUUCCAACUACUCUAUGUUUUGUGGAUACAAUGUUUCGUAGUUUGUUCAUCAGCUGUAACUGUCAGGAAUCUCAGCACUGAUCAGAAUGCACUUGUCCAGUUUAAAGAUGGAAUUGUGGAUCCUCAUAAUGUAUUGGCCAACAACUGGACGACCUCUACUUCUGUUUGCAAGUGGGUUGGUGUUUCUUGUGGUGUCACCCAUGAAAGAGUUGUAGCUCUGAAUCUUACAUGCAUGAAUCUUACGGGUACGAUUCCUCCACACCUUGGGAAUCUUUCAUUUCUACAUUCUCUUGACUUGGGCAUCAAUAAUUUCCAUGGUCAUCUGCCAAAAGAAUUGGGGCAGCUGAAUCGUUUGCGUCUCCUUCGAUUAAGCUUCAAUGGUCUUAAUGGAGAAAUCCCAUCGUGGAUAGGGAACUUACAUAGAGUUAAAAUCUUGAAAAUGAGAAGUAAUAAGUUCACAGGCACAAUCCCUCAGACACUCGUCAACAUGUUCAAUCUUGAGAUCUUGAACUUGGGAUUCAAUCAACUAUUUGGUCAGAUUCCAUCUUCUAUCUUCAGAAUGACCUCUUUAAAAGAGAUUUGGGUUGAUCAUAAUAGUCUUUCUGGAAGCUUGCCCGAAGAUCUCUGUCACCAUCUUCCCAAGCUUGAAAUUCUUCUACUAAGUGUGAAUAAUUUAUCCGGUUAUAUUCCAUCAAGUGUAGGCAAAUGCAGCAACCUUCAAUGGUUGCAUUUGUCUAUUAAUAAAUUUAAUGGGAUCAUUCCAAAAAGCAUUGGAAAUUUAACACAGCUCAAGCAAUUAUAUUUAGGAGACAAUAAUUUAGAAGGUGAAAUUCCCAAAGAACUUGGUAAUCUUUUUAGUUUGGAGAUAUUGAACAUUCAAAUAAUUAAAGGACUCACUGGUCAAAUUCCACCUUCUAUCUUCAACAUUUCUUCUCUCAUGAUUAUUAAUCUUGCCAAUAAUAGUCUAUCAGGUGGUUUACCCGAUGAUUUGUGUCACCGUCUUCCCGAGCUUGAAGAACUUUACCUGGAUACGAAUCAAUUAUCGGGUAAUAUUCCAACAAGUAUAAAUAAAUGCUCUAAUCUUCAAGUUUUGUCAUUAUAUGAUAAUAAAUUCAGAGGAAGCCUUCCAAGAAAUAUUUGGAACUCAACCAUGCUCGAAGGGAUAUAUCUACAUGACAAUAAUUUAGAAGGAAACUUGCCGCUCAUGACCAACGUUCCAAAGCUUGAGAAGCUUGUUUUGUGGGGAAAUAAACUUAGCGGAAACAUUCCCGCUUCUAUCUCUAAUGCUUCCAUGCUCAAGCGUCUAGAGUUACAGAAGAACUUCUUCUUUGGCCUAAUUCCAAAUACGCUUGGCAACUUAAGGCACCUUGAAUGGUUAAAUAUCGGAUUCAAUAAUUUGACCACAGAAUCUGCAACUCACGAGUGGACCUUUCUUUCUUCUUUGUCGAAUUGCAGGAAUUUGACAAAACUAUUAAUUACGGAAAAUCCAUUGCAUGGUGUACUCCCUGCUUAUAUCGGGAACCUUUCGACAUCCCUUCAAUACUUUUAUGCUUACAAUUGUAAGCUUAAAGGUAAUGUUCCUAUGGAAAUAGGUAACUUAAGCAGCUUGUUGCUUUUACAGCUUGGAAGCAAUCAGUUGAGUGGAUCUAUUCCGACUUCAAUUGGACGACUGAGAAAUCUCCAGUAUUUAGAUUUUUACACUAACAAAUUAGAAGGGUCCAUCUCAGAAAGUAUAUGUGGUUUGGAGAGAUUAUACACCUUGUCUUUAUCGUUGAAUGAUCUGCAUGGACCUGUACACAAGUGUUUGGGUAAUUUGACUUCUUUGAGAUAUCUUGACUUAAGUUCCAACAAAUUGAGUUCUGCAAUACCAUCAACUUUGUGGAAUCUUAAAGAUAUCUUACUAAUAGAUUUGUCAUCAAAUUACCUUAACAACUCACAUGCUCUUGAUGUUGGAGUUUUGAGGAGUCUGGUGCAAUUGAAUUUAUCAAACAAUCUGCUCAUAGGUGAUAUCUCAUCUACAAUUGGAGGUCUUCAAACUUUGGUUUCAUUAGAUUUAUCUAAUAAUAAAUUGCAUGGUCAUAUCCCUGAAUCAUUUGGUGAUUUGAUUAGUUUGGAAUUCUUGGAUUUAAGCAAUAACAAUCUCUCGGGAAUCAUUCCUAAGUCUUUGGAAAAGCUUUCAUACCUGAAAAAAUUUAAUGUUUCUUUCAAUAGUCUUGAAGGAGAAAUUCCAACCCAUGGAUGUUUUCCAAACUUUUCUACCGCAUCAUUCAUGAAUAACCAUGCACUUUGUGGUCCACCGAGAUUGCUCAUCCCACCUUGCAAGAAAAACAUCCACAAAAGUUCCAAGAUGAUGAUAUUGCAUGCUUUAAGGUAUGGCUUACCGACAAUUGGGAUUGUCAUAAUACUAAUAGUCUUAACUAUUAUGUAUAGAAAAUGCCACGGUAGGAGUACAUCCCUACCAAUUCAGGAUGAUUCAUUGUUUUUGAAAACAUGGAGAACAAUUUCACGUGCUGAACUUUCACAAGCAACCAAUGGAUUUGAGGAAAGCAAUUUGCUUGGUUCGGGGAGUUUUGGAUAUGUAUAUAGAGGAAGGCUUUCAGAUGGAAUGGAAGUAGCAAUCAAAGUCUUCAAUUUGCAGAGAGAAGGAGCAUUCAGGAGCUUUGACAUUGAAUGUGAGGCAUUGCGCAAUAUAGUUCAUCGGAAUCUUGUAAAGGUCAUUACUUGCUGCUCUAAUGUUGAGUUUAAAGCUUUGGUGCUUGAUUUCAUGUCUAAUGGAAGCCUUGAGAAGUGGUUACAUUCUGAAGAUUGUUCUCUUGAUAUCUUACAAAGGAUGAACAUAAUGAUAGAUGUUGCAACAGCUCUAGAACAUCUCCAUACUGGACAUCCAACACCUGUAAUUCAUUGCGACCUGAAACCGAGUAAUAUUCUACUUGAUGAUGACAUGGUUGCACAUGUGGGAGAUUUUGGCAUUUCCAAAUUGUUGGGAGAAGGCGAUGUAAUGAAACAAACCAUGACUUUUGCAACUAUCGGAUAUAUGGCACCAGAAUUCGGAUCAACAGGAAUUGUUUCUAUAAAAUGUGACGUCUAUAGCUAUGGGAUUGUCCUAAUAGAAACAUUCACAAAGAAAAAGCCAACUGAUGAAAUUUUUACCGAAGAAAUGACCAUGAGGGAUUGGGUGGAAAGAUCAUUGUCUAAAGGAAUGAUAGAUAUUAGGGAUGCUGAUUUAUUAAGAACAAAGGACGAGCACUUUGUUGUUAAGGCAAAUUGUAUUUCGUCUAUCAUGGAGCUAGCUUUGGGUUGUUCAACUGAAUUACCAGAAGAAAGAAAAGAUAUGAAGGAUGUUGUGGUUGAGCUGAAGAAAAUCAAACAAAAGUUUCUAAAAGCAUUGAACAUGUUUGAUAAAGAUGGAUCACCAUGUGCCCUUUUAUACCUCGAAUUAAACCAUAUUAGUUUUUUCAUAAAGCUUGUAAAUCUUCGUCUCGAUUUGUUUGAUGAGCCUGAUGAGGCCAACUUUAGUGGUGGUACUGAAGAUGAGCCAUUUGUUUUGGAUUGUUGA